AUGGGGACGCUCAUCGCCUUGUGCUAUGAGGUGAACGGCUCCUGUCACAGAACCCAGCAUCCCUUCGGGGUGCAGCUGGUCAUUUACCUGGCCUGUUCCUUAGGCAUACUGAUUACAGUGCUGGGGAACCUACUCGUUGUCAUCGUUGUUUCCCAUUUCCAAGCCCUGCACACUCCCACCAACUUUCUGCUCCUCUCCCUUGCCUUGGCUGACAUGCUCCUGGGAUUGACUGUGCUGCCCUUCAGCACUAUCCGGUCUGUAGAGAGUUGCUGGUAUUUUGGAGAUGAUUUCUGUAAACUGCACACCUUUCUGGACACACUCUUUUGCCUGACCUCCAUAUUUCACCUGUGUUUCAUUUCCAUAGAUCGGCACUGUGCAAUUUGUGACCCUUUGCUCUACCCCACCAAGUUUACUCUAAGAGUGGCCUGCAUGUGCAUUGGGGUGGGGUGGGCAGUCCCCAUGGUCUACACCUCUAUCUUCCUGUACAUUAAAGAGAUUGCAGAAGGGCUGGGCCAUUUUUUGCAAGAUGUACCCUGCGUUGGUAGCUGCCAGCUGCUGUUCAAUAAGCUCUGGGGGUGGCUGAAUUUUCCAGUAUUCUUCUUCCCUUGCCUCAUAAUGAUAACUUUGUAUGUAAAAAUAUUUACUGUCGCUAACAAGCAAGCCAGAUUGAUAAACAACAUGAAUAAAAGUUUUGGGGCUCAGCUACACAGAGGAGCAUCCAGAAGUGAAAAGAGAGCAGCAAAGACUCUUGGAGUAGCUGUAGGAAUCUAUCUCCUGUGCUGGCUGCCCUUUACUAUUGACACCAUGGUAGACAGCCUUCUGAAUUUCAUCACUCCUCCAGUCCUAUUUGACAUCCUCAUUUGGUUUGCAUACUUUAAUUCUGCCUGCAAUCCCUUGAUCUAUGUGUUUUCCUAUCAUUGGUUCAGGAAAGCUGUGAAACUAGUCUUAACUCAGGGGAUCUUUUGUUCCAGGACAUCAAGAGUAGACUUGUACCAAUAA